GCAGGCAGAGUUGUCUGGAGCAGCAUGAGGCAGAGCCGCAGACCCGGGCUGCUGCUGCUCCUGGGAGCCGUGGUCCUCACGGAAGGUUUCCAGGCAGCUCAGCGCGCCUGUGGGCAGCGUGGCCCUGGCCCCCCCGAGCCUCAGGAGAGCAACACGGAGCCUGGCGAGUGGCCGUGGCAGGCCAGUGUGAGGAGGCAAGGGGUCCACGUCUGCAGUGGCUCGCUGGUGGCAGACGCCUGGGUCCUUACUGCUGCCCACUGCUUUGAAAAGGUGGCAGUGACAGAACUGAACUCUUGGUCAGUUGUGCUGGGUUCUCUGCAGCGUGAGGGGCUGAGCCCAGGGGCUGAGGCCGUGGGGGUGACGUCCCUGCAGUUCCCCAGGGCCUAUAACCACUACAGCCAGGGCUCAGACCUGGCCCUGCUGCAGCUCACCCGGCCCGUGGCCCGCACACCCGUCUGCUUGCCCCAACCUGCCCACCGCUUCCCCUUUGGGACCUCCUGCUGGGCCACCGGCUGGGAUCAGGACAUCAAUGAGGCUCCCCAGACCCUGCGGAAUCUGCGCCUGCGUCUAAUCAGCCGCCCCACGUGUAACUGUCUCUACAACCGGCUGCACCAGCGGCUGCUGGCCAGCCCGGCCCGGCCAGGGAUGCUGUGUGGGGGUGCCCAGCCUGGGGUGCAGGGGCCCUGUCAGGGAGAUUCUGGCGGUCCCGUGUUGUGCCGAGAGCCCAGUGGACGCUGGGUACAGGUUGGGAUCAUCAGCUUUACAUCAAGCUGUGCCCAGGAAGACACUCCCGUGCUGCUGACCAAUAUGGCUGCUCACAGCUCCUGGCUGCAGGCCCGAGCUCGGGGGGCAGCCUUUCUGGCCCAGAACCCAGGGACCCUGGAGAUCAGCGAUGAGGACAGCUGCGUAGCCUGUGGGUCCCUGAGGAGAGACGGUCCCCAGGCAGGAGCCCCGUCCCCAUGGCCCUGGGACGCCAGGCUGAAGCACCAGGGGAAGCUGGCCUGUGGCGGGGCCCUGGUGUCAGAGGAGGCCGUACUGACCGCUGCCCACUGCUUCAUUGGGCGGCAGAGCCCAGAGGAAUGGAGCGUAGGGCUGGGGGCCGGGCCAGUGGAGCGGGGCCUCAGGCAGCUCAUCCUGCAUGGAGCUUACACCCACCCCGAAGGGGGCUACGACGUGGCCCUCCUGCUGCUGGCCCAGCCCGUGACACUGGGCCCCAGCCUGCGGCCCCUCUGCCUGCCCUAUGCUGACCACCACUUGCCUGAUGGGGGACGUGGCUGGGUCUUGGGGCUGGCCCACCAUGUUGCAGGCCCCGGCUCCCCUCAGACAGUGCCUGUCACGCUCCUGGGCCUCAGCGCCUGCAACCGGCUGCUCACAACCCUUGAGAGUGAUGGCAUCACCCUCCUGCCAGGGAUGGUGUGUACCAGCGUGGUGGGUGAGCUGCCCCGCUGUGAGGGCCUGUCUGGGGCGCCGCUGGUGCACGAGGUGAGGGGCACCUGGUUCCUGGCUGGCCUGCACAGCUUCGGUGACGCCUGCCACGGCCCCGCACGGCCUGCGGUCUUCACAGCACUGCCCACGUACGAGCCCUGGGUCAGCGGUCUGGACUGGCAGGUCUACUUCACCGAGGAGCCCCAGCCCGAGCCUGAGCCCCAGCCGCAAAGCUGCCUGGCCAACACGAGCCAACCAGCUGGCUGUUGACCCUGGGACACUGCAAACAUGUCACUGCCUCUGCCCCUCCAACCCACGCCCAGGCGAUGCCAGGCACUGGGGAGGCCCACAGCCGGGGGGCUUUGGGACGG